CUGGCAGGUAGUGCAGACAUGGAGAAAUUCAUUGCUCUACGAUGUUUGGCUUUCUUUAUGAUAUUUUCUCUUAUUGAUAGAGCGCGUGGACUAUCAAUAAAAACUACAGAGCCUUGUCAAGGAGCAAACAACAUGACUGUGAGUAUGGAAUUACAGCUGAACCUGGUCAAAUUAAUGGAAUUUUCCCCAAAGUUAAGAACAAUUUCAGAGACCUUAUACAAAGAACAUCUGACUUUGGCUCUAUCGCUGGUGAAGUUAAUAGGGUUAACCGCAACAAAGGUGGAGGAAAUAUGUCGGCUACAGCCUUCUUUGAUAUUCCCACAUCCGGACGAAUGUCAGUUAUACUACAACUGCUCCGUGACAUACACCGAUAUUCCAAUCCACUCAGAACAACAUUUACAGGAAUGUCGAUAUCCAGAUGUCUUCUCCACACAGACACUUCAGUGUGAGAACUUCACCGCGGUUUGCUGUGGAGCGAGAAAAGUACUGAAGGAUAAGUGUGAUUAUAGACGGCAGCUAAACAUUUCAUCUACAUGCAAAUGGCAGUAUCCUAGUUGUAGUGGGAAAACUGACGGGUAUCACCGAGGAAGCCAAGGUUCAAAAUCGUACAUCAAUUGCUUUAACGAACGCUUGAUGAACAUAGGGAUGUGUGAAGAUGACACCUUUUGGGAUACAUACAAGACCCUCUACAACGGCAAAUGUACUAACCUUUUCGAAAUUCCUCAGAAAGAUGGCGGAUACCUUUCAAGUUGCGAAGGAAAAGCAGACGGGAAUUAUCGCUUUAAUUACGACGCUUCAAUCACGGCGGAAGGGGUCAUGGGGCAAGGAAAUUAUUUUGGAAUCGGAAGAAAAUGCGAUGCUUAUUAUCGUUGCCAAAGGGGUGUGGCCACUGCUAUCAAAUGUCCCCGCGGAGCUGUGUUUGAAUCGCAAAGUAGAACUUGCAAAGCUGGAAAUCAUUCUAUUGAAUUCGGAUGUCAGUUAUACUGUAAUCCUAACUUCAGAUUGCUUAACAUAUUUCCAUAUAAUUUGGCAGAAUGUCCGUAUCCGGAACAAUUCUCAGAGGUCACACAAAGAUGUGAAAAUUUCACAAAGGUCACAUGUGGUUCCCGUCCGCAGGUCAAGGACUAUUGCCAAUACUGGGUGCAGUUGUACUUCCACCGAUUUGAUAUGGGACACUGCGAGGGAAAUCACUUCAGCUGUGCAGGAUUACCUGACGGACUCAACGAACAUCCCGUCAAGCGAGGUCCAAAUUACGUCCGAUGUCUACAAGAAAGAUUGAUCGAGGAUGGAAGGUGUCCAAUGGACACAGAAUGGGGUACAAUUACUUUCCCAUAUAACGGUAAAUGUACACAUAUGUUUGCUAUCCCAGAGUCCCAUCACGGUAUCGGUUUACUCCCUGACUGCUCUGGAAAAUCCGACGGCAACUACCAAUAUCCUCACAGACCGUGUGAUGCAUACUACAGAUGUGACGGAGGGAAUGCAACUGCGGUUAAAUGUCCGUCACAUACAAAUUUCGAUGUAUGCAGUAGAAGAUGUCGAGCCGAUGUCACUUGCUCUGGAUAAUAAAAUCAAAGAAACACAUAUAUGUAAUAUG